UGCGCAGCACCUGGGUCCCGGGCCGGCGGCCGCGGCGCUCCCCUCGCUGGCGUGCGUGUCGGUCCGGAAGGAGCGAAGAUGGUGCUGGAUCUGGACUUGUUCCGGGUGGAUAAGGGAGGGGACCCGGCGCUCGUGCGGGAGACGCAGGAGAAGCGCUUCAAGGACCCGCGGCUGGUGGACCAGCUGGUGAAGGCGGACAGCGAGUGGCGGCGAUGCAGAUUUCAAGCUGACAACUUGAACAAACUGAAGAACUUAUGCAGCAAGACAAUCGGAGAGAAAAUGAAGAAAAAAGAGCCAGUGGGAGAGGAUGAAUCUGUUCCAGAGAAUGUAUUAAAUUUUGAUGACCUUACCGCAGACACUUUAGCAACCCUGAAAGUCUCACAAAUCAAAAAAGUCCGACUCCUCAUCGACGAAGCCAUCCUCAAGUGCGAUGCCGAGCGGGUGAAGCUGGAGGCCGAGCGCUUCGAGAACCUCCGAGAGAUCGGGAACCUUCUGCACCCUUCUGUGCCCAUCAGCAACGACGAGGAUGCAGAUAACAAAGUAGAGAGGAUUUGGGGUGAUUGUACAGUUAGGAAGAAGUACUCUCACGUGGACCUUGUGGUGAUGGUGGAUGGCUUUGAAGGCGAAAAGGGGGCCAUCGUGGCUGGCAGCCGGGGGUACUUCCUGAAGGGGGUGCUGGUGUUCCUGGAGCAGGCACUCAUCCAGUACGCCCUGCGCACUUUGGGGAGCCGGGGCUACACCCCCAUUUACACUCCGUUUUUCAUGAGGAAGGAGGUCAUGCAGGAGGUGGCCCAGCUCAGCCAGUUUGAUGAAGAACUUUAUAAGGUGAUUGGCAAGGGCAGUGAGAGAUCCGAAGACAGCUCGUACGAUGAGAAGUACCUGAUCGCCACAUCGGAGCAGCCCAUUGCCGCGCUGCACCGGGAUGAGUGGCUGCGGCCCGAGGAUCUGCCCAUCAAGUAUGCCGGCCUGUCCACCUGCUUCCGCCAGGAGGUGGGCUCCCACGGCCGCGACACCCGUGGCAUCUUCCGCGUCCACCAGUUUGAGAAGAUCGAGCAGUUCGUGUAUGCGUCCCCCCACGACAACAAGUCAUGGGAGAUGUUUGAAGAGAUGAUCGCCACCGCAGAGGAGUUCUACCAGUCUCUGGGCAUCCCGUACCACAUUGUGAACAUUGUCUCAGGCUCCUUGAAUCAUGCUGCCAGUAAGAAGCUCGACCUGGAGGCCUGGUUCCCAGGCUCGGGCGCCUUCCGGGAAUUGGUCUCCUGUUCUAACUGCACGGAUUAUCAGGCUCGCCGGCUCCGAAUCCGAUACGGGCAGACCAAGAAGAUGAUGGACAAGAGAAAGAAUAAUCUCCGUUUAUCUACACAGGACAAGUUGGAGGCAGUGUCUUCCUUCUUUUCGCCCAAGAAGGUGGAGUUUGUCCACAUGCUCAACGCUACCAUGUGCGCCACCACUCGCACCAUCUGCGCCAUCCUGGAGAACUACCAGACCGAGAAGGGCGUCACUGUGCCCGAGAAGCUCAAGGAGUUCAUGCCACCAGGACUCCAAGAGCUGAUCCCCUUCGUGAAGCCUGCGCCCAUUGAUCAGGAGCCAUCAAAGAAGCAGAAGAAGCAGCACGAGGGCAACAAAAAGAAAGCCGCAACAAGGGAAGUUACCCUGGAGAACCGGCUGCAGAGCAUGAAGGUCACCGAGGCCUGAGCACCCCUUCGCCCCACCCCGCCGGCCCCCUUUCUGUCAGCUGGUUCCCAGGCCUACCUGGAGCAGGAAGGCCAGGCCUGU